CCCUACUUUUUCCUCCGUCUCCCUCUCAACCACCACUGCUUAUUCAUUGAGGAGAACGUAUACAUUUCAAAGGCCUCCUUUUUCCUUUUUUACUUCUGUCAGGCCCACGGACAAUAUUUCUUAUUUCGCAGCCAGGAGGACAAUCCCGCCCACAGUCACCUUGUAGCUCUAUAUAAGACAGCAGAAGGACCUGGAGAUAAGAGUGUUCUCAAGACAGGCCUGACUAUGCAGUGUAAAGUCCUCAUCUUUGUUGUGCUUUUGGCUCUCAUAAAGCAUGUGUCUUUGGCUGAAUUUGAGGCGAGCCCCAACACGAACAUAACCUUUCCCUGCAACGUCUCUCUGAACGAGGACCAGAGGGACGUGUCUCUGAUGAAAGUCAAGUGGAUAAGAAACGGCAGCGAUGUUGCCUCAUUUGGAGAAACAGCAACGAUGAUACAGAAUGGUUUCCGCUGGGACAAUAAGACUUUCAUCAACGGGGAUUUUUCCAUCACCCUCCUGAAGGCCAGCCUCACCCUUCAGGGGGUGUACGAAUGCACAGUCAUCUACAACUCCUCAUCCAUCCACACCAGCAAUGUUACAUUUAGUAUCACUGCGCCCCCCUCCCUGACUGUGCCUCAGCGGUGGGUGGUGCUCGGGAAGAAAGCUCAGAUUGAGUGCCAUGCAAGGGGUUACUAUCCCCCACCCAUCUCAUUUUCCUGGACCAGAAAUGGGAAGGAGAUUAAGCCUCUCUACCAGGUAGAGGGUGAGCAGAGCUCAGACGGGUACUACGCAGCAACCGCCAACCUGGCUUACUAUCCUUCUCAAGAGGACCGCAAUGCAACCUUUGUCUGCAAAGUGUUACACAGGAGCAGCUAUCAGGAGCGGGAUUUCCAGCUUAAUAUUACCUUUGUCCCUACAGUCAAACUCUCAGUCAUGUCUUCAGCCUCCAACAAAGACCCUCUGACACUUUACUGUGAUGUGGGGAGGUUUUACCCAGAGACGGUUUCUGUGUCCUGGUUUCAAAACGGCACCGCACUCCCUGAUCCCCCGGCUGUGGAUCAGAACCCAGAUGGAACUUACAAGACCAGACAUUUUUUCACUUUGAGCCCAGAACAAAGGCAGCAACGGGGACCGGUUAAGUGUGCGGUCACUCUGCCUGGAGUAGAGAACUCUGUCAAUGUGUCAGAAGAUCUGGAAAAACUGGAUCCUCAAAAUGAGACGGCAGCGAUGAAUAAAUCAGCCAAAGCCCUGGUGUCCAUGAUGUGCAUCUCUAUAGUGCUGGUCUUCCUGCUUUGCUUUGGCUUUUCCUGGAGAAGAAGGGAUGAGAAGCAGAAGUCUCUCACUGUGUCUGGAAUCAUCCUCCCUCCACGAGUGAUUGUGGGUCAAAAGGGCAGAGUGUCGAUCAGCAUCGAAGGCCGACGGGUGGACCGCGUUCAGACCGUCUGGUUUCUUAACGACACUCCCAUCUCUGACACCUCCCUCAUAGGAACUUCCAUGUCUAACUUUAACUGCCUCUACACCCCUCUAACCACCGUCCAUCUACCCUAUGGUCUAACUCUCACCUCCCCAGCUUCAGAGAAAGGCCCUCUCCUGACCUCCAGAGGCAAAAUGGGUUACUACAAGCUGCACACUCAGGGACCAUUACACUCUUCCAGAAGUGGCACCCAACAGCUGAUCUCUGCGCUUACCUUCAUCCCCCAGAUUUCACUCCACAAGGGGGCAGUGUUUAAAUGUCAAGUUUCCUAUAUAGGCAAGGACAAGAUUGUGCAGGAAAGAGUGUCGGAGAAGUUUACGAUUCUGUCUCCACCAGAGGUGUCAGAAAUUCAGCUGACUGAGACACAAAAUGACUCAGAUGUCAUCAGCAUGAAGGUUUCCGCCUCACAUUUCCACCCGGACGUUAUUACCUUCCGCUGGUUCUGCCAGGGGGGUGAGCUGAGCCCCGUGGCCUCUGAGGCCUCCUCGUCCCCUCGGCCAAAUGCUGAGGGACUCUUCUCGGCCUACAGCCAAUGCAAACUCCCCCGGGGGGAGCUGGAAAAGGGAGCCACCAAGGUGUGGGUUAAAGUCCACCAUAUCGCUCUUAAGCAUCCUAUCGCCCGAGAAUCAAGAGGCUUCAUCAAAAGGCCGUGUGUUUCUGAAAUUAUCAGCUCGGAUGUCUCCUCAAGUCAAACGGCAACUCUGGGAUGUGAAAUCACAGAUUUUUAUCCUCCAAACGUAUCGGUCACUUGGCUGAGUCUCAGAGGUGGAGAGGAGGAUGACAGAGAAGAGGAGGUGAUAGAGGGAGGGGAGCUCUGGGGCCCGAUACAAAUCCAAUCUAGACGCUUUAGGGCAACCGCCUCUUUGGAGAGAAGACUGAUCCAUCAGGAAAAGGAAAGAAGAGGAGGGAUUAUCUGCAGGGUGGACCACUGUUCGUUGUCAGAGCCGAUAGAGAAACACUGGAGAUAUGGUGGCAAUGUUCCUCCCCACAUCCCGUCAUCAAUCUCAGUGUGUUGGAGCGGCGAGGGUGUCGGCGUCUUCUCCAUUUUGUUGAAAGGAGGUCAUCCAAAGCCAAAGUUACUCUGGACUGUGGGUGGCCCGACCUUCUUACCAUUAGUGUCCAGCGAGACAGAGGAGAUAGGAGAUGAUGGGAUGAGGGAGCUGAAGAGUGUGUGUGCCCUGGAGAGAUCCACCACUUUAUCAGACCCAGCAAACCAACAGCUGAAGAAACGCAGGAAAGGACACCAAAUAAAAACAAAGGUUGCAGUCGCAGACCCAGACACUAAAGGAAUAGAAUACAUCGAUGAAAGAGAGGAUGAAAAGAACCCAGACAAGGAUGAAGAAACAAUUUCUGAAGAAUACGAAGAGAGCGACACAGAAAAAGAGGACGACCCUAACGCCCUGCACAUCAACAGGGUCAACCUGAUGAAAGACCCCAAAGAAAAGAUGAAAGUGCGGUUACAAGUGUGCCUCGAAAUUACGCACCCUGCUCUAAAACUUCCUGUUUAUCGACAUUGGACGGAGCCCUAUGAGGAAAUUUCACCAUCUGCAUGACAGCUUUACAGGACUGCUUCCCGUUUCAUUUAACCUUCAUAUAAGUGCAAAAUAUUUAUCAUUAAGGUUAAUAUGAAGUCUAAGGUAUCUUGGUGUGUUUGAUGUGAUAACUUUGGUUUUGUCUCAUUACCUUUCGGUUUAUUUAAUACAUUUAAUAUAUGCUCUCUUCUUCCUUUUUUUUCUUUUUACAAAAUGUAAUAUUUUUGUACAAAUAAUUUGACAAUUUUCCAUUUGUCUGAUUUUUUAUUUAAUCUAAUGAAUAAUGAAAGAACUCUGUACAAUAAAACCCUUUUGAUUAAGAAAA